UGUCCUCAGUGUUUCGAACACCACCGUUCUAACAACUUGUGCUGCCUCGUAUUAUUGAACCACAAAUUUCAGAAUAUACACAUUCGCCACUGAAAAAAAUCCAUCACGUACCAAACCGCCAAUAACAAGCUACGCCGUCACUUUUAAGUAUGGAUGCAAGCAAUGGGAAUGAAGUGGAUGGGAACCUUAGUCCAACUCCGGUGAACACUGAGAGAAUAGCAAUUUUGGAUGCUGGGGCACAAUAUGGAAAGGUGAUUGAUCGGAAAGUCAGGGAACAAUGUGUGGAAUCAGAUAUUCUACCUUUAGAGACCCCUGCGGCUGUUCUGCUUCAACAAGGCUAUAAAGCAAUUAUUAUUUCUGGAGGUCCUAACUCAGUGUAUGCGGCCGAUGCCCCACUAUACGACCCAGCAAUCUUUACAUGCGGCCUUCCAGUGCUGGGAAUUUGUUAUGGCAUGCAAUUACUCAACAAGGAGUUAGGUGGAACCGUGGAAAGGAAAGACGUGCGUGAAGAUGGGCAAUUUGAGAUCCAAGUAGAAACGGAAUGUCCGUUAUUUAAAGGCUUGGAAACUCGACAAAAGGUACUAUUGACCCAUGGAGAUAGCGUUGAUAAAGUAGCAGACGGCUUGCAUUGCGUGGCAAAAUCCUCGCGUCACAUUAUCGCUGCCAUCGCCGACGCACAGCGCCGACUUUACGGCGUCCAAUUCCACCCUGAAGUCGACUUGACGGAAAAUGGAAAAACUAUGCUGCGCAAUUUCCUGUUCGAUAUCAGUGGACUGAACGGAGGUUUCACAUUGGAGAAACGAGAGCAACAAUGUAUCGAUUACAUCCGGCGUACAGUCGGGCGGGAUAAAAUCGUCCUUAUGCUGGUCAGCGGCGGAGUUGAUUCGGCUGUAUGUGCUGCUCUCCUACAUAAAGCCCUUUGUGAGGGUGACGACUCUUCUCGAGUCCAGGCUAUUCACAUCGACAACGGCUUCCUACGUAAAGACGAAUCCGACCAGGUUGUCAACAGUUUACAGCAGCUCGGGCUCAAUCUUCGGGUUGUUAAAGCAAGUCUGACUUUCUACGAUGCUUCCACCAACGUGCAUGGCCGCCAAACUUUGUCGUUGUGUCGGACUGUUAAUCCGGAAGAAAAACGUCGAAUUAUUGGAGAUACGUUUGUCAAAGUGGCAGAUAGAACGGCAAACGAUUUAAAUCUCACUUGGGAUAAUCUACUUCUCGGACAAGGUACUUUAAGACCGGAUUUAAUUGAAUCGGCGUCACAUAUGGCUUCUUCGCGUGCCGAUGCUAUCAAGACGCAUCACAACGAUUCAGAAAUGGUCCGACAAUUACGUUUACACGGGCGCGUGGUAGAACCUCUUAAAGACUUCCAUAAAGAUGAAGUAAGAGCAUUAGGCCGCGAACUAGGUUUGCCUGCAGAAUUACUGGAACGUCACCCGUUUCCUGGGCCCGGUUUGUCAAUUCGAAUCAUUUGCGCCGAAGAACCAUUCAUGGAAGCCGAUUUCGGUGAGACGCAAGUGCUGAUUCGUCUGAUGGUCGACUAUGCCAACAUGGCAGCCAAGGAACACGCUUUGCUCAACCGGAUUGAAAUCGCGACGUCAGAAGAAGAGCGUCUUCUUCUGGAAGAACUGUCCAAUCGUAAUCAGUAUGUUGCCACGCUACUGCCUAUUCGCACUGUCGGUGUUCAGGGAGACUGUCGGACGUACAGUUAUUGUGUAGCACUAAGCUCAGAUCAAGCUCAGCCAAACUGGGAUGAUCUAGCCGUCUACGCCCGUCUAAUACCACGCGUGUGUCACAAUGUCAAUCGUGUUUGUUACGUUUUUGGCAAAGCCGUACGCGAACCGGUGACCGAUGUCACUCCUACUUACUUAACUAUGAACGUACUGGCGACGCUGAGAGAAGCGGACUAUUUGGCCAACAAAAUAUUCCGAGAUUCCGGUUGCUACAAGAAGCUGGCCCAAAUGCCAAUCGUCUUGAUCCCUCUUCACUUUGAUCGCGAUUCGAGUCAACGCAUUCCAUCAUGCCAGCGAUCAGUCGUUUUUCGACCAUUCCUUUCACAGGAUUUUAUGACUGGACUUCCUGCUAUUCCUGAUAACCAUUUGCCCCAAGAGGUUGUAGAUAAGAUGGUUGAAGCCGUCUUAACUGUUCCAGGAAUUUCCAGAGUCUUGUAUGACCUGACGGCGAAACCACCCGGGACAACGGAGUGGGAAUGAUUUGAUUUACGAACGUUGCUUAGGCAAAUGAUCUCCGCACUCUUUAUAGGACACGGAUACGGAGUUGUAUCAUUGACCAGAUUUAGAUGGGAAAUAUUAUGAACAGUGAAUUCAGCAUAGAUUUUUGAAGUUGAAAAAUCAAUCAGCUUUGUCGUCGCGUGAAAAUCUCUUAAAGUCGCUUUUUAAUAGGAGUUCACGCGAUGACUUGUUGACUAUUCCUUAAAUAUACAUGCACACUUGUUGGAAAUAAUGGGUGCAUUUGUUUUUCGUCGAACAAAUUAAACAUUGUUAAUGUGCAA